AUGCACGACACAGGCUACCAACUAGGCGUCGACGUCGGCGGCACCUUUACAGACGUCUUCGUUUUCACCCCCACCGGCCACACCCUCCGCGCCAAAGUCCCCACCACAAUCCCAGACCAAAGCAUCGGCAUCCUCGACGGCAUCGCCAAAGUGCGCCACCAAAUCCAGCAACACGAUGAAAACUUCCACGGCACAUUCCAAUUCAUCCACCACGGCACUACGACAGCGACUAAUGCCGUGCUGGAAGGAAAAGGCGCAUGCACGGCGCUGGUCGUUACCGCGGGUCAUAGGGAUAUUCUCGCGCUGAGACGCUCGCAUAUUCCCGGUGGCCUGGGUGCUUGGAUCCAUUAUACGCCUCCAGAGCCGAUUGUGCCGCUGGAGAGGGUUGUUGAGUGUCGUGAGCGGAUGUCUGUUCGGGGGGAGACAGUUGUUGAUGUGGAUGUUGCGGAUUUGAGAGUGCGAGUGCGGGAGAUGGCGGCGAGGCAUCGGCCUGAGGCUGUGGCGGUUUCGCUGCUGAAUUCGCAUGGGAAUGAUAAACAUGAGCGGGUUGUGGCGGGGGUUGUUCGGGAGGAAUUGGGGAGUGAUGUUGCGGUUAUUUGCUCUGGUGAUGUGCUACGGGAGGUGGGAGAGUACGAGCGGACGGUGACGACUUGUACGAAUGCGUUGGUUAAGCCUGUUGUGCAGGCGUAUUUGCGGAAUUUGUCUGGGAAGCUUGCGACGGAGAGCGAGACGAUUCGUGUUCUCAAGAGUGAUGGCGGUUUGACGAGUCUUACCCUUGCCGGGGAGCUGCCUGUGAACAUCCUCAUGUCUGGACCGGCUGGGGGUGCCAAGGGGGUUGCAGAUACUGUUGCGCAGUACACGCCGUACAAGAAGCUGAUCACACUUGAUAUGGGUGGCACAUCGACAGACUGUACGCUUAUCUAUGACGGCAAGCCGCAACUGCGACGGGAGACGGUCGUCGAUACCCUGUCCGUUCGCUCGCCCGCCGUCGACGUCAAGACCGUCGGUGCUGGAGGAGGUUCUAUCGCCGCAUACUUGGAGCUCACCGAGACGCUUUGCGUUGGUCCUGAAAGCGCAAGCGCAAAGCCGGGACCUGCAUGCUAUAAUGCAGGAGGACAGCAGGCGACGGUCACAGACGCUAAUUUGGUGCUGGGAUACUUGCCUAAAACCCUCCUCGGUGGUGAGUUUGCGCUGGACGUGAAUGCUGCCGUUUCGGCUGUGGAGAGUAUCGCGACGCAAAUGGGCCUCCCAGUCACUCAAACGGCUGAGGACAUCAUCAAGAUCGUCAACGAGACGAUGUACGGCGCCCUCCGACUGGUUUCUGUCGAGCAGGGCUACGAUCCUAGAGAAUUCGCUUUGGUAGCUUUUGGAGGCGCAGGACCAUUGCACGCCAACGCUAUCGGCAAGCUGCUCGGUGCAUGGCCCGUUAUCAUUCCCCAGUCACCAGGAACACUAUGUGCCCAGGGUGACGUGACCACGAAGCUUAGCCAUGAGCAAUCUGCAACCUUCAUCCGACUCCUCGCUGAGACGACCGCUACCGAGCUGCGAGAACAGUAUGCCAAACUGGAGCAGCAGUGCAGAGAAACGCUGCAGAGGUCAGCAUCCACCGAAUCAGUAACCUGGAACACAAAAUAUCAAGCAGACUUCCGGUACAAGGGACAAGAGUUGACUGUCACUGUCGAUUUGGAGGCAGAUGAGUUGGCCCUCGAUACAGAGGCGUGGCAUGCGGUAUUGCGAGAAAAGUUCGAGCAGAAGCAUCGGCAAUUAUUCACGUAUAUUCUUCCAGGUUUCGAGUUGGAACUCAUGCGACUUGGUGUUGUGUUGGAGGAUGCUUCUCCCAGUGUGAAGAUGCAGCAGUUGGACAAAGCAUCGUCGAGCGAGCCCCCUGUUGAUGCUAAGAUUGGCGAGCAAACUAUCAUCGUUGAGGGACAGGAACAGCAGGCAACGUUGUGGGAUCGGUAUAAGAUCAGCAAAGACGGCAUCCGCGUCGUCGGACCGUGUAUCGUCACCGAAAUGGACAGCAACACGCUGAUAUUACCGGGUUACUACGGAGAAAUUGACAAUAUUGGAAACAUCCUCAUCAGACCAAUUGACGAAGAGACGCCCAGCUCAAUCCAGCAACACAAUGACAUAUCCCCAUCAGACCUCGUCCGUAAUACUCCGCUAAUCCCAACCCUCGUCUCAGCCGCCCUAUCAUCCAUCCGCGGCGAAAUGGACAAGAUGAUGCUCCGCUGUAGCAUGUCACCAGCCAUCCGCGAACAACAAGACGAAUUCAACGUAAUCACCGACAGCCAGGGCAAGAUGCUGGUAGGCCAAUUCGGCAGCUUCAUCACCCAGUUCUUAGAAGCCUGGCAUGGCAGCAUCGAGGAUGGUGAUGUGUUUAUCACGAAUGAUGUCUACCAGGUUAAGGGGGCGAUUAGCCAUCUUAACGAUGUUAUUGUACUCCUACCCAUUUUCUACGAGGGCAAGCUCAUCGGCUGGGCUUCGCAGUUUGGUCACUUAACUGAUGUCGGUGGUAUGGUACCGGGGAGUAUGUCGAUUAAUGCUACCUCUGUCUUCGACGAUGGUAUCCAGGUCCCGUGCAUCAAGCUGUACUCCGAGGGAGUUGUGAAUUUGGACCUCCUAGAGCUUCUGUGCCGGAACUCUCGACAACCAGCAUGGUGCCGGUCCGAUAUCACCGCUAUCAUCGCCGCUUGCAGCAUGGCAGCUACACGAGUCUGCGAACUAGCCACCCGCUUCGGAUGCGAGGUAUACCUAGCCGCCUGCGACGAGCUCCUAUACCGGAACCGCACCGGAUUCAUCAAGAUAGUCGAGCGCCAAUUUGACGACAAGGAAAGUACAUUUACCGACUUCGUCGACGACGAUGGCCACGGCAUCGGUCCAUGGGCGUUAACCUGUUCGAUGAAAAAAGUCGGCAACCACGGCCUCAAAUUCGACUGGAGUGGAACCUCUCCACAGAGCUCGCACAGCAUCAACUUCUACCUCUCCGAGACCAUGUUCAAGAUGUUCAUCGGGUUUUACCUGAUCGCCGCCGCAGCACCGGGAACAGUCAUAAACGACGGCUUCCACGACCUAAUCGACGUGUACAUCCCCGAAGGAACGGUCCUGAAACCAGUCCGUCCGGCGCCUAUCUCCUGCAGAACGCAUUUCCUAGGACGGACGCUAGACAUGGUGCAAGCCCUUAUCGGCCAGAAAGACGAUGCUUAUCAAGCCGCCGCGGGAUUCAGCGACUCGCCUCACUUCUUCUAUUCCGGGUUUAAACCCGAUGGUGAAUGGUACCAGUUGUACCAGAUUGGUUUCGGUGGCGUUCCCGCACGGCAAGCAGGCGAUGGGCCAGACUGCCACUGUCUCUUCCCAGCUAUCAAGUCCAUUCCUACGGAGAGUAUCGAAUUGAAUUAUCCGCUGCGCAUUGAAGCAAACGGGGGUGUCCCUGAUACCGGCGGUCCGGGGUUCUACCGCGGUGGUAACGCCCAACGCACGCUAUACCGGUUCCUCUCACACGGUGAGAUCAGUCUCCACGACGACAGAUGGUUCACGAAACCGUGGGGCUUGAAGGGAGGAAAACCAGGAAAACGAUCUCGGAAGGCAUUAUACCGACAUUCUACCGACUUGAAGGUGAUAGAUGUAGAAACCCUCCCCUCAAAAUGCGACCAUAUCCGCGUCAACCCAGGCGACCUCCUCGAAUGGACAACAUGGGGUGGAGGCGGACUCGGCGACCCUCUAACCCGCCCCGCUGAAAAAGUCGCCCUCGAAGUCCAGCGCAAUCUCGUUACCGUUCAAGGUGCGAAAACCGGAUACGGCGUCGUCCUGACUGAUAAUCUCAGUGUUGCGGAGGAGGAAACGAGGCUGUUGAGAGCGAGCAUGCGUGCUCAGGGGGGUGAAUUCUCGAAGUAUGAUCGUGGUGGGGAUCUCGAGGUGUUGAGAGAGUCGUGUCUAGAGGAGACUGGGUUGCCGGCGCCUAUGCCGCAGUGGGAGGUGGAGGUUUAUGGGCCGCAUGCUGGGUUGGAUUAUGUGAGGGGUUGGUAUGCUGAUAUGGGGCGUGAGAAGGGGUGGAGAUUGGAUUCGUAG